GGAAGUUCACGUCUUCUUCUUCGAUUGUCAAUCAAAGAAUUCUCUGCUAUCAAUCCUAGACUGCUGUCAAUUUUUUGUGUUUUCUUGAGUCUCCUACGGCGCGAGAUCUACUGCAGGCCAGUAGGGAAUCUAUAUUCAGCACCGUCCAGUCACUUUCCGCACAUGUUGAGCACAUCUCUGCAGUCGCGCACAUUCCCCCGACCACCUGCCACCUAAUUGCUCAUACACCUCUCAGUCAUGGCUCAGAAAGCUGCCAAAUCUCUGGCCACCCGCAAUACUGCCCGCUUACGACAAACGCACCUCAUAACUAUUUCAAUUCACAUCCUGUUCCUGUUCCUGAAAUUCACGCUCCGCCGCUCUCUAUCCUUGUGGCUUUAUCUCUUUCUAAGCGCUCCAGCCUUGCUCCUCGAAGUAUACCUGGAUAUCCUCGCCCGACCAACAUAUCAUCCCAAUGGCGACUUGAAGAAGGCAGGGGAAGACCUGGAUGCGAAAGGCCUGACGGAGUUUAUGUGGGACAUUCUGUACUGGACCUGGAUCAAUCUCAUUGUUGUCAUGAUUUUCGGGAAUCGCGGAUGGUGGGUCUAUUUAGUAGUUCCUGCAUAUGCUGUAUACUGUGUUGUUGGGGCUGCACAGGGUGUCAAGGGCAUGAUGGGAGGACUGGCCGGAGGCGGCGCAGAGGGCGAUGAUAUCGCGCAAAGUAAGAGACAGACAAAGAUGGAGAAAAGAGGAGGACAAAAGGUCAAGUAUCGGUAGACAAGAACCAAAUGUUUUCAGCCCUUCGAACAGGAUCUGUCGAUACUCUGGGACAAGU